UUGAGAAACAUUAGGCAUCGGAAUCUUGUUUAGAUCUUAACUUGUUGCUCAAGCAUUGAUUUUAAAGGCAAUGAUUUUAAAGCUCUAGUUUAUGAGUACAUGGCAAACGGAAGUCUAGAGAAGUGGUUGCACGGAGAUGGUCAUGAACAGCUGAAAAGGAACUUGAAGUUUGCUCAAAGGCUAAACAUAGCAAUAGAUGUGGCUUCUGCAUUGGAUUAUCUGCAUAAUCAUUGUCAAACGUCACCCGUACAUCGAGAUUUAAAACCGAGCAAUAUUCUUCUUGAUGAUGACAUGACUGCUCGUGUGGGUGAUUUCGGGCUAGCCAGGUUCUUAUCUGAAGUUGCGCACACUGGUUCGAUUGGAAUGAAGGGAUCUAUUGGGUACAUCCCUCCAGAGUAUGCGAUGGGCAGUAAAGCAUCUACACAAGGAGAUGUUUACAGCUAUGGAAUCCUUCUACUGGAGAUGAUCACCGGAAAGGGGCCAACUGAUGACAUGUUUAAGGACAAUCUAAGCCUUCAUCUUUUUGCUAAGUUGGCUUUGCCUGAACAAGUAAUGGAGAUUGUUGACCCACAACUGCCCGUAGAAGAAGCUGAAGUUACUCAGCACAAUGAAAAUCAUGUCAAUAGAAGAAAUAGAAUGCAUGGCUGCUUGAUUUCAAUGGUCAAAAUUGGUGUAUUGUGCUCUGUAGAAUCUCCAAGAGAACGGAUGCGGAUGAGAGAUGUUGUUGCAGAAAUGCAUGCAAUUAAGGACUUGUAUCUUGGGACCGGUAUUCACCAAGACAAACAAGUUAGGUCGCAAAUAUUAGAUGAAGGUUCAUCUUACCUUAGUCAUUAUUAAGUUAUUAUUGAUAGUUAUGUUGAGAAAGAUUUCAAAUUUUUUUUUUUUUUUUUUGGUUUGAAUACUUUUCUAAACAACCUCUUGAUGUAUUUAGCCUUACCAUAAGAGUGUGCUUGUAUUGAUAGUGAUCAUAUGAGAAGAUGUGCUUCUUUUUCUUUGUUUUAUCGUGUGUUGGGGAAGGGAGAUUGUAUCCUGAUUUUAAUAAGAAAAACACAUCAUCUUAUUAUUAUAAGAAUGCUAUUGGGUUACAAAGAUGUUUAAUAACUAAUAGAGCUAGGCAUGGGAUGAGUCAACUCAGCAGACUUGACUCGUCCGACUCGUUCAAAUCCAACUCGACCCAAACCGAGUAGGUGAGUCGAUCCACCCAAUCCUAACUCAAAUUGAGUUGAGUUCGGAUCACCUAGUAACUCGACUCAACUCGACCCGAAACGACUCA